AUGGCUGCUUUUGCUACUAUUCUUUUCUUGUUAAUUGCCGCAGCAAAUCUUAGCUUCAGCUCCUGUUUCCAAAUUUCCAAUUAUGUGGGUUGCACUGAGAGGGAGAAACAAGCUCUUUUAAGGUUCAAGCAGGAUCUAAUUGAUCCUUCGAACCGGCUUGCCUCUUGGGUUGACCACCAAGAUUGCUGUAAAUGGGCUGGAGUUGUCUGCAACAAUGAAACAGGCUAUGUCAGCGAGCUCCAUCUAAAGAAUCCUCCUUUGGAUGAUUUUUCAUCAGAAGUAAAAUAUAAAGCUUAUGAGAUGUCCAAACUAGGAGGUCAGUUAAAUCCUGCGCUGCUAAGUUUGAAGAAUCUGAUUUAUUUGGACCUGGGCGACAAUAACUUUGUGGGCAACUCAAUUCCUGAAUUUCUUGGUUCUAUGGUUAGUUUAAGGUACCUUAAUCUCUCUGUAUCGGGAUUCCAAGGAAAGGUUCCUCAUCAACUUGGAAAUCUCUCAAACCUGCAGUAUCUCGAUCUUCAAGCAAAUCAGUUACAUGUGGAGAAUCUUCAAUGGCUUUCUGGCCUUUCUUUUCUGGAAUACCUGGAUUUGAGCAUCAUAAACCUCAGCGCAGCUACUGAUUGGCUACAGGUGGUAAACAAACUACCUUCUCUGCUACAGUUGCGCUUAUCAGAUUGUCUACUUAGUGACUUUCCUCUUUUAGCAGAUGUUAAUAUUUCUUCUUCUCUUGCUGUCCUCGAUCUUUCUUGGAACUGGUUUGACUACUCUUUGUUUCAUAGGUGGAUCUCUCGUCUCAGCAAUCUCAUUUCUCUCAAUCUCCAAGCAAAUAAUCUUCAAGGUCCAAUCCCUGAUAAUCUUCAGAACUUUACUUCACUAAAGAAUCUUGAUCUAUCAUUUAACAAUUUAAACUCUGGAUUACCCAAUUGGUUCCACAGUUUCAGUCAUCUUGAGUACCUUAACUUUUGCUCCUGCAACCUGCAUGGUACAAUAUCUAGUGCCAUUUCCAACCUGAGCUCUACUUUUAAUAACCUUGAACUUUCAUUCAAUUAUGAAUUAAGUGGGAAAAUUCCAAGAUCGUUUGGAAAACUUUGCAACUUGGUGUCCAUUUCCCUGACCGGUGUUAAUCUUGAUCAAGAUGUAUCUGAAGUUUUGGAAAUUCUGUCAGGCUGCGCUUCUAAUACCUUAGAGUCGGUAUAUAUGGGUAAUUGUACACUUUCUGGUCAUCUGAUUAACCAACUUGGUCAAUUCAAACGUCUUAACCUUUUGUCCCUGUGGGGUAAUUCAAUUUCUGGUCCAAUUCCAGUGUCUCUUGGUGAACUUUCAUCCUUAAAAACUCUGUACCUUUAUGGUAACGAAUUGAAUGGCAGUCUUCCUACAAGUUUUGGCAAGCUUUCAAAAUUAGAAGACGCAGUGAUCUCUCAGAAUUUGUUGAAGGGUGUUGUUUCAGAAGUUCACUUUGCUAAUCUCGCAAGAUUGAAGGCCUUCAAUGCAUAUGGAAACUCAUUGGUGCUGAAAGUCGACACUGACUGGGUUCCUCCUUUCCGUGUUGAAACCUUAGCACUGGGAUCUUGGCAAUUAGGUCCUCGAUUUCCGUCUUGGCUUCAGUCUCAAGAGGACUUACUAAAAUUAGAUAUUUCUAACUCGGGAAUUUUUGAUUCUGUUCCUGCUUGGUUUUGGAAUUUGUCUCUCCAGUUCACAGUUCUUAAUCUAUCCCACAAUCAAAUCUAUGGACAAAUUCCAAGCAUAGAUGCGUUUUCAUACUCACUGGUUAUUGAUUUGAGCUCAAAUAAAUUUAUAGGUCCAUUGCCUCCUGUCUCCUCUCGUGUAGCUGCUUUGGAUGUUUCCAACAAUUCAUUGUCAGGGUCAAUAUCCAACUUCUUGUGUGACAAGAUGAAUGAACCAAGCCAAAUCGAAGUUCUCAAUCUUGCUGAUAACCAUUUCUCUGAUGAAAUACCUGACUGUUGGGGAAAUUGGCAGAAAUUGGUCGCUAUAAAGUUAGCCAACAACAAAUUUUCGGGUAAUAUUCCAGACUCAGUGGGAACUUUGAGUUCCCUUCAGUCGUUGAACCUACGCAAAAACAAUCUCUCCGGAAAGCUACCUCUGUCCCUGAGAAAUUGUUCUAAGUUGGGGUCAAUUGAUUUCUCUGAGAAUGACUUUGAUGGAAAUAUACCAACAUGGAUGGGAAAAUGGCUUCCCAAUAUAAUGAUCCUCAGCCUUCAUUCAAACAAGUUUCACGGUGCCAUACCUGACGAGUUAUGCGCUCUAACUUCUCUCCAAAUCUUGGACCUAAGGCAGAACGAGUUGUCAGGAACUAUACCAAGGUGUAUCAGCAACUUUAAAGCCAUGGUCAUAAAAAAUUAUUCAGCAACUACGUUCAUAAGCUAUGAAACUUCUGGAGGGAGUUAUUUUGAGGAUGCACUACUUGUCAUGAAAGGCAAAGUGCUCGAAUAUAGCACCACGCUUAAACUAGUCAGAAGCAUGGAUCUUCCUACAAUUUGUUAUCAGGAGAGAUCCCCAGUAGGCAAGUCACAAGCCUUCAUGGUUUGCAAUCGCUCAACUUGUCACACAAUCUUUUGA